AUGGAUUCGAGGCCCUCGGACUUCUGCAGCUGGGCUCCUCGAGCUGCCAGAGCGGUAACGUCAGGUGCUGCUCUGUCGCCGUCCUUGCUUCCCGCGGCCAUAGCGACCGCGAUGUCAGGGAACGGCCCCCCCCUGGUGCCGCCGAGGAAGCGAUUGAGAGGCAAAGGGCCUGCCGACCCCUUAACGUCGUUCGCAGUCAUUUCAGGGGGGCUUGACAUUGACACCGAGGCGCCGCUGGAGCCGAAUGCUGUCGACGUCGAGGACCUGCUGGACAUGCUGCCCGACGAGGGCGAGCAUGGGGACAUGGCCCUCGCCCUUCGCAGCGGCGACUCCGCUGGCGGCGGCCCCGGCCAGGACCCGCACAUGGAGACAUGGUGGGUCGAGAGGGCGCUCAAGUCUUUCGAUGCAGACCAAAUUCGACGUUUAUUUUCCCGCGGUGUCUUGACUUACGGUUCGGAUGCCACUGGUGCCAAUGCACCGUUUGAGGCCUUGCGCUGUAUCAGGAAGGCGAUGCAGACCCGCGAGGCAGACGCCUCCUUCGGCGUCCACCACGAGUUCGCAUCUGAGGACCCGUCGAAGAAGGGCGACUCGAAGAGGGCGUUCAUCCUGGCGAACGGUCCGGAACCAGACGUGCUAUUCGCUGACAUGUGCGCCAGGGGCGCUACUGGUGUCACCAUUGAUGGGGGCCGUUUUUCAUCUAAGAGCGUGAACAUAUACGUCGCUGGCUUCGAGUGCCAUGACCUGUGCGCGCUGAACCGCCACGCUAAACCGUUGGACAUCGAAGAUGCCGACGCUGGGAGCAGCUCGCAGACGUUGAAGGCCAGCUUCGAGUACAUCGAACGUCGGGCGCCCAGCGUCGUCAUACUCGAGAAUUUGAACCGCAAGAACACGGUAAAGGUCAUCCUCCAGUACUUUGCCGACAACUUCCCUCACUACGAGAUCGAUGCCUUCGCGCUUGACAAUCUUCAGUUUGGCUUGCCGAGCUCCCGGGAGCGGCUCUACGUGGUCGCGGUGAACCUCGAGAAGGUGACGCUGUUCAAGAAGAUUCUUGAUUGGGAGGGCGAUUUGAACAACAUGGUGGCUGAACUUACGCACGAUCGGUUUGGCGUGGAAACAUUCUUCUUCGAAGAUGACCAUCCUGAGGUGCAGCGCCUAUUCGAACAUCUAGUGUGUGUAUCGGAGGGGAGGCACUUUAAGAAGGCCUCGAAGGACACUGAAUGGGCAAUAGAGCACGACGAGGUUCGACGCACGCUUCGUAGCGUGCACCUGUUGGACGUUCCUGACGACACCGCCGCUUGGUAUAGAAGCACGGGGGAUGAUGCGUGGUUCAACUUGUUGCAGGUUCGCCAGCAAGACAUGCUGAGCUUGCACGCGUGGGUGGCCAAAGAGGUUUUGAACAUCGACAUCUCGUCAGUCCUUUUCAUCUGGGACCUCACCGUGUCCAUGGCCUACCCGCAGGAUAAGGAUCUCUCCAAGGCUGGUCGCAUGCCGUGCGUUCUGAGGCACCAUGACUACUGGCUUUCAACGAAACGGCGACUGGUGUGUGGCGCCGAGUUGUUGUCGUUGCAGGGUUUUGCUCAUAAUGUCUGCCUGGGCGGGCUCACAAACGCAGAGUUGUCCGACUUGGCUGGCAAUACCAUGGGCGUGCCAGUAGUCGGCAGUUUACUGGCGUGCCUCUUGGCGAACGCCAAAUUCGAACAGCCGCUCGAGCGGAAGGUCGCAGAGCAUAACAGGGGCAAGGACCCGGACAGGGGUGCCAUCAAGAUAAAUUUCCCCGACCCUGUCGUCGCGUGCUCGCAGCCCCCGCAACCCGUGAACAGCCUGAGCGCUGGCGCCUCGGUAGUUGCAUCGAGUUCUGUUGAUUCUCCACAGCAGUCGUUCCAUGCGUUGCCAAACGCAUUCAAGCAUUUGCGAAAACCCGCGCCCAAAGGGGCGGCCAAGGCCAAAGCUAUAGCCAAGUAG